AUGUCAACAUCACCAUCAAGCGUUGCUGCAGCAACAGCUUAUGCACUUCAUCAUCAUCAUAUACAUACACAUCAUCAUGUACAUCCAUUUCAACAACAACAGCAACAACAACAACAACAACAACAACAACAACUUGAUACAUCAGCAUCAUCAUC